AUGUUACAGAAUAACACUAAUCAGCUGGUGAAUAACACUAAUCAGCUGGUGAAUAACAACACUAAUCAGCUGGAGAAUAACAACACUAAUCAGCUGGUGAAUGACAUCACUAAUCAGCUGGUGAAUAACACUAAUCAGCUGGUGAAUAACACUAAUCAGCUGGUGAAUAACAACACUAAUCAGCUGGAGAAUAACAACACUAAUCAGCUGGUGAAUAACAACACUAAUCAGCUGGAGAAUAACAACACUAAUCAGCUGGAGAAUAACAACACUAAUCAGCUGGAGAAUAACAACACUAAUCAGCUGGAGAAUAACAACACUAAUCAGCUGGUGAAUGACAUCACUAAUCAGCUGGAGAAUAACAACACUAAUCAGCUGGAGAAUAACAACACUAAUCAGCUGGAGAAUAACAACACUAAUCAGCUGGAGAAUAACAACACUAAUCAGCUGGAGAAUAACAACACUAAUCAGCUGGAGAAUAACAACACUAAUCAGCUGGUGAAUGACAUCACUAAUCAGCUGGAGAAUAACAACACUAAUCAGCUGGAGAAUGACAACACUAAUCAGCUGGGGAAUGACAACACUAAUCAGCUGGAGCUUAACAUCACUAAUCAGCUGGGGAAUGACAUCACUAAUCAGCUGGAGAAUGACAUCACUAAUCAGCUGGAGCUUAACAUCACUAAUCAGCUGGUGAAUGACAUCAGUCAGUUGAGGAAGUGA